AUGAAUAACCCACAAGAAUUAAUUCGAAAAGUGGACAAUAUAAUUCUUCCAGAAUGCGAAGAUAGGAAGUAUAGAGCCUUAGAAUUAAAGAAUGGUCUAACAGCCUUUUUAGUCUCAGAUAAAGAAACUAAAAUAAGCGGUUGUUCCCUUACAGUAUACGUUGGAGCUAUGUACUCACCCAAGAAUUUAAAUGGUCUGGCUCAUUUUUUGGAGCAUAUGUUAUUUUGUGGAACAAAAAAAUAUCCAAAUGUGGAUGAAUAUCAGAAAUUUAUUGCGAACCAUGGAGGUAAGAGGCAGGGAUCUACUACAAGAUCAACUACAACUUAUUAUUUUGAAAUAAAGAAUGACGCUUUUAAUGAAGCAUUAGAUCGAUUCUCUUCAUUCUUUACAGAACCAUUGUUUUGUAAGAAAAUGUCCGAAAAAGAGGUUUCUGCCAUAGAAAAUGAGUUUCAUCUCAAUUAUCACAAUGAUGAAAGGAUUAGAUUUCAUUUACUUGCUCAGUUAGCAGAUAAAUCACAUCCCUUAAAUUGUUUCACUACGGGAAAUAAAGAAACUUUGGAAAUCAAGCCAAAAGAACUGGGAAUUAAUCUGCAUUCUGAACUUUUAAAAUUUUAUUCUUCUUAUUACAGUAGUAGUAUUAUGUCAGUAAUACUUUACGGAAAAGAAGACUUGAAUACAUUGGAGAAAUAUGCUAUUGAAUAUUUUUCAAAAAUACCAAACCACCAGGUUAAAUGUUUUGAUUACACAAAGCUCUUCAUGGAAACUCCACCUUACACAAAAGAAACAUCAAUUGGAAAGAUAAUCAAGUUAGUACCUAAUGAAACUGACAAAAGAUUAAAAAUUUACUUCCCACUCCCUCCUUUAGAUAAAUAUAGUGAUAGCUGUGCUCCUGCUUAUAUUACCCAUAUUAUUGGUCAUAGAGGUGAAGGAGGAAUAUCUUCAAUUCUAAGGAGUAAAAAGUUAGCUACCAGUGCUUCUUUUACUAUUACCAAUGAAGAUCCAUGCGCACUAGCUCAGUUUGGUGUUGUUCUAACAGAUGAAGGGUAUAACAAUAUAGGACAGGUACUAGAGGUCAUUUUCAACUUUUUGGCACUAUUUAAGGCAACUCCCAUUAUUCCCGAACUAGUAUCUGAGUUUAUUGCGAUUACUAAGGCAGGCUUUACUUACCAGCCAAAAUUCUCAAUUCGUGAUUUGUUUUCAUUACCAACAAAGUACCUCAAAUAUAAAUGCAAUUUUGAAGAGAUUCUUUCUUUUGGAUGGGUUGUAAAUCAAUUCUCAGAAGAUCAUGUAUUUUCUAUUUUGGAGUAUUUAAAUAAUGAAAAUUACUUUAUCUUACUUUCUUCGCAAGCAAUUGACGAGGAAUAUAAGGCAAAUCCAGAAAAAUUUACAAUUGAACACUACUAUGGAACCAAGUAUAAUGUUUCAGAACUAAAUGAAAAUUUGCUUUCAAUAAUAAAUUCCUCUUCAUCAGAAAAAGCUUUAAAACUUGGUUUAAUUUUGCCAAAACCUAAUCCAUUUGUGUCUACGGAUUUCUCAAUAGUAAACCCACAGAAAGAAUGUAUUAAUGAUUACUCCAGAAUUCCAAAACUUUUAAAUUUUGACGGAUUAAUAACUGAGAAUGAGACGAAUAAUUACAAUAUUAAUACACACCCUUUGAAAAUGUGGUUUAAACCUGAUACAACUUUUAAUUCACCUCAUUCUUUAAUAAAUAUGAGAUUGGUUGCUGAAAAAAUGUUUGAUUUAACAGAAAACUUGGGUUUUGAGAAAUUAUCAAAUUUUUCAAAUGAAUUAGUUUUCCAAGUAUUCGGUGAAAUCCUGAACCAAGUAAUGUAUAGAAGUUUGCAUGAGUUUUCUUCAGACAUAUUAGCAGCAAGCUUAUCUUACACAAUUAAUUUCAACGCUAGGACGAAUGUAUUUGUAUUACAAGGUCUCGGGCUUUCCCAAAAAUUAAAUCAUUUGGUUUCAAUUAUGUUUGAGAAUUUGUAUAAUGGAACAGAAGUUAAAAAAUAUUAUGACGAAGCAAUUUUAAUUCUAAGUAAGGAUUGGAAAAAUAAGAUAAUCAAACCAAAUUUGAUUUCAUUUUCACUGGAAUGCAUUUCAGAAUCUUUAUCACCAUUUUUCUUUAAUCGUCAAGAAAAAUUAAAUGUAUUAGAAUUAUUUACUUUUGAAUUGUUUUGUUCUAUAAGAAGAUAUUUCUUGGCUAACUGUAGACUUGAAGGAUUGAUUAUGGGAAAUUUCUCAGAGUUAAAUGCUAAGCAUAUUUCAAUACAGCAUUGGAAAAACUUAAUAGAUUUUCAAAAAUCUCUAGGAAAUGAGACAAAAUCAGGCGGAACAAAAGUGGAACAAUUUUCAAUAGUUGAUUUAAAAGAGAAUAUAUAUACAUUGAGUUAUGUCCCAAACAAUUCCAAUAAAAAUGGUUGUUGGAUGCUAAGCUUCUUCCUUGGAGGGUAUGAAUUAAAAAAACAAGUCUUAUGUGAUUUAAUUUUACCUUUCAUUACAAGUGAAGUUUUUGCUGAUCUUAGAACUAGUCAACAAUUAGCUUAUGUUGUGAGAGCUACACAAGUAUUUUCUUCUCCUGCAAUUAUUAUUGGGUAUUACUUGCAAUCAUCUGAGUAUACCAAUGCUUUAACAUUAGAAAGACUUUUAGAAUUUCAUGUAAAAAAGACUAAAAUGGAAUUAAAAAUUAAACUGAAUGAAGAGAUGUUUAUAAAGUUAAAGGAUUCCACAAUUCAGACGUUGUUAUCAAAUCCAAAAAGUAUCUUUGACGAGUAUAAGACUUAUCUCCAUGAGAUUAAUGAGAAAUCAUACAUAUUUGACAUAAGACAAAAAAAAAUUGAUAUAUUAAAUAGUAUAAAAUAUGAAGACUUCAUUGAUUUUUAUGAUAGUAUAUGGACAUCAAAGUCUGUAUUAACAGAAAUAAGAUCUCAAAUAGAUGAUUCUAAGAGUUCUGGUGAAGGUUGCAUAUAUAAAAGCCCAUCCAUUCCAAAGGAAUAUUUAAAAUUAGAAAAUAUUUCUCAGAUUUCAAGGAACAAAAACACACCAAUGAUUUCAUUAGAAGACAAGGUGAGGAACUUAUAA